CAGAGAGCUCCUCUGCUCCGUCAGAGCAGCACAGCCAUGAGCCAGCCGAGUUCCCCGUCCUCAAGACCCGCUCUGACACUCCGCCUGUCCCCCUAACACACACCACACCACCAUGAAGAGGCAAAACGUGAGGACCCUCGCCCUCAUCAUCUGCACCUUCACCUACCUGCUCGUGGGAGCCGCGAUCUUCGACGCCCUGGAAUCUCAGGAGGAGACGACCCAGAGGAUGGAGCUGCACCUGAAGAAAGGGGAGCUGCUCCAGACAUUCAACUUGUCCUCGGAGGACUUUGACGAGCUGGAAAAAGUGGUGCUGCAGCUGAAGCCGCACAAAGCCGGCAUGCAGUGGAAAUUCGCCGGCUCCUUUUACUUCGCCAUCACUGUGAUCACGACAAUAGGUUAUGGCCAUGCAGCCCCGAGCACAGAUGGAGGGAAGAUGUUCUGCAUGCUUUACGCCCUCCUGGGCAUCCCUCUCACCUUGGUCAUGUUCCAGAGCGUGGGUGAGCGGAUCAACACCUUUGUCAGGUACCUGCUCCACCGCCUGAAGAAGUGCCUUGGAAUGAGGCGCACUGAGGUCUCCAUGGUCAACAUGGUGACCAUCGGUUUCAUAUCCUGCAUGAGCACGUUAUGUGUGGGCGCAGUGGCAUUCUCCCACUUUGAGGGGUGGAGUUUCUUUCACGCCUUCUACUACUGCUUCAUCACGCUCACUACCAUCGGCUUUGGGGACUAUGUGGCGCUGCAGAAUGAGCACGCUCUGCAGAAGAAGCCGCAGUACGUGGCCUUCAGCUUCAUCUACAUCUUGACAGGUCUGGCCGUGAUUGGAGCGUUCCUCAACUUAGCAGUGCUGCGCUUCAUGACCAUGAACGCCGAGGACGAGAAGAGGGAUGCUGAACAGAGGGCUCUACUGGCACAUAACGGUCAGGCAGGCGGACACAUCAACUGCUCCGUAGAUCCGGCCUCUCCUUCUUCCACGCAUUCUGGGUUUGUCGGCGGAGGGAGUGCGAUCGGAGGAAGCGGGGGAGGCGGAGCGGCAAGCCGGGGUCUGCGUAACGUUUACGCUGAGGUGCUUCAUUUCCAGUCCAUGUGCUCCUGUCUUUGGUACAAAAGUAGAGAGAAGCUGCAGUACUCCAUACCGAUGAUCAUCCCCCGCGACCUCUCCACUUCAGACACCUACAUGGAGCAGGGAGAGGCUUUUUCCAAUCCCCUUCACUCUAACGGCUGUGUGUGCUGUCUGCAGCGCCACUCGGGCAUCAGCUCAGUGUCCACGGGGUUGCACAGCAUCAACACCUACAGAAGACUCAAUAAACGCAGAUGUUCCAUCUAGAAACCCAGAGGACUUUGUGCAUUUAGAUGAAGUCCCACUUGAAGUGAGGGAGAGCCCUCCUACUGUGGUGCGAGAUUAGUUGUGGACACCAAGGGAACUCUAUUUGCAUCCUGAAGAGAUGUUGGACUCUAGACGUUUGCCUCUUUCUGGCACUGAAGAGGAUGCAUCCUUCAGACUCCAGCCAUGUAUUUAACUUCCAUUAAUUAAGCACAAACCAUUUAGCGCUAACAUUGUUACUGAUGUUACAGAGAAAUGACGCUAAUGGUUGUUUUAGAAGCAUUCGUUACACAACUAUUGCUGUUAGAAGACAGGGG